AUGCAACAUAUAUACUUUAAGAUCCUGUUCGUUUCUCUUAUUGUUUUAUACCUCUCCAUUCACUGUCAAGGACAUCCCCUAAGUAAAAGGACGGUGAGCGAGGUGCAGCUCAUGCACAACUCGAGGCACCACAAGCAGGUGCAGGAGCGCAGAGAGUGGCUGCAGACGAGGAUCCAGGACAUCCACAAUGCGGCCCAGGCCAGCAGCGGGGGGGACUCAGAGAGCCUGAGGAAGAGGCAGCUACGUCCAGAGGAGCUGACUGAGCUGGGCGACCUGACAUCAGCGGAGAUCCAACAAGCUAUAGACUUUUUUGAGAAGCUCCUGGAGUCAAAGCAGCCCUGA